AUGCCGGAGGCUGGUAUCCCGUUUGAUUGGGAGACCAGCGAGGCCAGUGAGGCUGGAUGUUUCAGCCACCUCCGGUCCAUGGGCCGAGCCGCGAGGGCAUGGUGGAUGGAGACCACGGACGACGUGCUGCUCAACAGCCCCUGGCUCCGGCGAAGCACCGGCGGCUGGUUUCGGUGCCUGUGGAUCCUAUUUCAUGUCGUGCCAUGGUGCACCGGCAUUUACAUGGAGAGUGUUCAACUUAGACAAGGUCCAGACAGGUUUCCAGCGAGCCUUUUAGUUCUGGCACUCUUGAUGUUUGCCCGAGUGGUCUAUUCUUCACUCACCAAACUCCGAGACACACUUCAAAGCAGUUUGCUGCUCUGCUUUGGGUCUUUGAUCAGUUAUGGCUGUUGGGACUAUUUGCAGGUCGAGCCUCAUGAGUUGUGGUUUGAUCGCAGCACUUUUGUCGUCGGCUUUCUGGGACAAGCCUUCCCGACUCUAUGCCACUGCAAUGUGCACCCGGUGGCUCUCGUUCUGUUGCUGGCUUACACCGUGGCGUACUUGUGGCAUGAUUUUGACCUGCAUGGUGCGCGACCGGUCACGUUCAGGUUAUUGCAUAUUUUGGGCUUUCAGUGCUGCAUGUGCUAUGCCUUCACGAGGGACUUCACACAUCGCGUCAAGGCCGUGUCGACCGGGAUGCUCGAAGGUGCCAGCUCUGAUCCAUUGCAAAGUCCAGUGGCAGGACGUUCUGCUCGCACAUUCUGCUGGCUCACCGGUGUCAACAAUUGGAUUUUUUUGAUGCUUACUUGUAUCACAUUCUACUUGACUCAGGAGAUAAGCUUCAUGCUUUUUGACGGAGUUUUGUUCUGCGUGCCGUGGAUAGCUUUGAUGUUUGUAAGGCGUGGAGCAUGUACACCAUUUCAAUCCGAUUUGGCAUUGUGUGUAUUUUGCAAUGCGGGUCCAGCAUGGGCGAUGCUCCGUCCGUUGCCGUAUGAUUAUACGCUGGCGGGGCUUGGCGAAAUCAGCGGAUUUGGAUUUGUCAGGCUGAGCUUCUACCUUUACUAUACUUCAAUUGGUUGCACCUCCUACGUCUUCGCCACACAGGCUGCCAUACAAGCAGGCUGCCAUCCAUCAAUUUCUUUGGGAACCUCCGCAGUCAUGACGGUGUUUUUCCUCGUUGAAGUGCUGCAGUGCAACCUUUGCUUGCAACUUGCUUGGGACUUUGGUCAAGUGGCUGAGGUUGCUCUGAGCUUAGAAAAGACCGCCCUGAAAUCUCCAUGUCGACAAUCUCUUCCGUUGCUUUUCGCUGCAUGGCCUCGGAUUGAAGCCGGUGAGUGGAUGCCCCAAAUCCUCCAUGAUGGAUUUGCAUCUUCCUUCAAGCUUUGA